AACACUCUGCUCUGUCACUUCUUUUUCUAUACUCUCUGCCUUUCUUGUUCUGCUCAGUGUGCUCUCCUGAUGCAUUAUUAAAUUCUCAUUACAAACAUCAACGUGAUCGUUUCAACCUCAUCUUCAUUCCUAUUUUUGGCAUUUCUGCGUUAAAGAGGACGGUUAGAAGAUUCGAAAAGAGAUAUAAUAUAUAUAUAUAUAUAUAUAUAUAUAUAUAUAUGGGUGUCAGAAGUGGUAGUAACCACACUCUGAUAACCUCACUGGGAGUUGUUGUGUUGAUGGGUUUUAUCUGCUUCUUAUUGGUAGCAAAUAUUGUAGCCAAUCGGGCAACAAAAACAGCUACAAUAACGACGAUUCCAUCAACCACAAACUCAGAUGUCUUGAAGCUGAUUGGAACAAAGAGGCCUGCUGUUUAUUAUGUGAGCAAGAGAAGAGUACCCAAUGGACCUGAUCCUAUUCAUAACAGGAAAACAGCAGUGAAGUUUAGACAACCGCCUGGUCAAGUUUAAGUGGCGAGUGGGAGGGGGAUUGACGGAUCGGGAUUCUCUAUAGUUCAACAGUCUUCAGUUUCCUCCCACUGUGUCCAGUUUCCUCUAUUUUCUAAAAUGGAGAAAACUGCACACUGUUCAACCGGAGAGGAUUUUGCACCGAGAUUGACAAGCUCCAGAUUUAUGUACUGCAGAAUAGAGACAUGUUUGUACUUGAGAUUUGAGAUUUGAGAUUUGAGAUUUGAGAUUUGUUUGUUCUAUUUGUUUCUAUGGCAUUGGAAAACGAGUGAAUUUAAAUAUCUAGGUUAGGUCUUUUUUUUUUUUUUUGCUGUUAAUUAUGCUGCUCCACUUUUGGGUGUUGUAGAGUGUUUUGUUAGCUAAAAAACAAGAUCUUUUUUCUUU